AUGAUGGUGGACGACUUUGAAGACUUCAAUCCUGAUCCGACCGAUCAUUCCUAUGGAUUUUCAAAGUAAGUUUUUUAGAGAACACUUUUUUUUCAUAUUUGCAGCGGACUUAUUCAGGAGCCACUGCAUAAUGGAGUCAUUCAGUUCAGUAGAAGGCUCAAUUGCCAAGCAAGCUAGUUUUUUUGUUGGUUCACCUCCGGAAAAACUCAAGGUUUUUUUAAAUUAACAUUUUUUUAAAAUUCAUAUUUUUCGCCGGGGAGGUAAGAUUUAUUUAGAGCGAUGUUUCGACUUUUAAUUACAAAUUCAAGCCAGAAACUUUUCUCGGAAGACCUCCAAAUGAAGCUCCGCAGUCCCAAGGUUUCUAUUUUUUUUUGUGAAUUCCAAGUUCAAAUGAUUUUUUUCCAGCGGCUGAAGUUGUUCGUCGUGCAAACUGCUCGCCCGGUUUCCUGAAGAAAGUUCAAAACGAGCAAAUUUCAGUAGCAGAUCUAUUUGAUGUUCUGAGCGAAAAAAAUCGAAACGGAUUUUGUUUGGAUCAACAAGAUUUUGAGAAAUUAAAGUUUACGUUGGAAAAAGAGUCUUUGGAGCCUUGGAACACAGGAACUUUGUUUGCGGGAGCUGGUGUUAAUAAUAAUGUGGAGUGAGUUUUUUUUUCGAAACGGUCAAAUUUUUCAAAAUCGAGAUGAGUUUAUAAUAUAAGUUCAAAAUGAUAGUUAGGCGCAAACGUGUUCUGUGCCAUUCGAGUUUAAGCCAAUUUGAGCACAAGAGUCGAUUUUAUGGUUCGUCUCACAUUCUAUUUAAUGUUUUCUAACCUCGCAGAUAAAAGAAAAGAGAGAGAAAACGAGUCAGAUACGAGUUGGAAAGAAUGAAUCUUAUAUUAAAAUAUUAUAGUCGCGGAAUUACAGGGUUAGUUCUCUUUGCCUCAUUCGGUUCUGUGAUUUAUUGGCCAACAUUGAACAACAGCUUCUUGUCAUUCAAAAAGAACUUAUUUCGUAUGGGUCCGUUCAAAAUAUCGUUUUCCUCACUACUUUUAUGAGUUUUUAGAAGAAGAAUGGACGAAAUAAAAGAUAGUAAAAAAUGGAACGAAUUAGGAUUUGAGGUGAGUUUUUUUUAAUACCUCUUUAUAGAUUUUUUUUUUUCUGAAUAUUUUUUUCAAGGAUGAUCACAAUUCGCGAAUAAUGUCCCAGUUUCUGAAAUCGGUGCGGUACUCUGUAAAAAAUAUUUUCGAUGAAGUUUGAAGCUUAUAUUGUCCGAUUUGGAGACUUUUUUGUUCAGAUAAGCGUCUUGGAAGAUAUUUUGAACAAAAAAACGCUCAGAAAACGUCGUUCACGUCUUGCUCUUGUCUUCUCUUGUCUUGCGGGUGUUGCAAUCGGAUCGUUGACUUACCUUCUUCACAGAAAAUUUUGAUACGUUUUAUUUGUUUACUGAUUGAUGUGAAUAUAUAUUCUACAAUUUUUUUCUUUUGGUUACUGUUUUUCGAAAGAGUUGAGUUGUUCUCCGUGUCUUGAAAAAGCAAUGAUAAUUGACCUAAUCGUUAGUCGAUUACAAACAGCAGGCUUUUGCGUCAGGCGGCUCGGGCCGAGAAAAAUUUGAGAAAAAUCUUGCGCGGGCUAAAAGUUUAUUUUACUUGUUAAAUCAUAGUUUCUGUUACCUCUAAGCUCAAAAAUAAGCGAACACAAGACUUUUGCCGUAAAAAAUCUUGGUAUUCGACUGGAAGAAAAUUUGAGCUCUAGGGGCUGGGCCGGCUAUCUUUGCUUAAGGCCGGACUGGGGGCCGACAGGGUGACGGGCCGGCCUUCGCAAGUUUGCUCCAGCGUUAAACUUUUUCAGUUCUUGAAAUGUUGUUUUUCGUAUGUCGCAGAUGUUUCUUUUUUCUUUAUUCAGUGAGACUCUAAUAAACUAAUCUCUCAGAUGGGUUAUAUCAGAAGAGAAGGCUUUUCAAAGGGAGAAUCUCGAGGAGGGCGAAAUCUUUCUCAUCGUGGAAGAUUUUCUCAAUCAGGAAACUCUGAUUUUGAGAGAAAUUAUGGAUACCAAAACACCAACAGUAACUACGAAAAGCGAAAUCGUUUUUAUUUUUCAGAAGAAAAUGGAGAAGGUUUUUUUUUUCUGAUAGUUGUUUCAAAUUAAAAAUAAACUUUUUCAGAGGCCCACUCGUCACACGAGUUUCCGGCGACCAAAAAGUUCAAAGAUGACGAACCCGAAGAAGAAGAUGAAGAAGCCAUGGAAAUCGACGAGAGUCUGAAAGAAGUUGAAGUAUUUUUGUUUCGAAUGAUUUUUUUCAGAAGAAUCGUCGGAUUCCUCUAAAAAAGUGGACUACAAGAGCGCUCAUUUGAAAGCUUGGCGACUAAUCGUACGCAAUCUCCCAUGGAAGGUAAAGUUCACUAACCUUUAUGAAUGGAAAAAUUAAUUCUCAUAAGGAUAUUUCUUCUCUUUGUGUCCUCGCGUUGUUUGGAUGGGAUUUUCUGCGGUUUACUUAUCCAACUAACUUUUUUUCUUACAGACAAAAAAAGAAGAUAUGCAAAACGUGUGCUCAAACUUUGGCCCCUUCACGGAAAUAGUUUUGCCGCCAUCUAAAAAGGUUUUUUGAUUAUAUAUUGUUGUAUGAAAGACUAUCUUUUGCAGGUGGAAGGAACGUGUGCUGGCUUCGGAUUUGUUCAGUUCAAAAAGAAAAGUGACGCAGAAAAAGCUCGCGAACAUUUCAACUCUAACAAGUUUUUAGUGAGCGGUUUUAAUUAAAUAGUUUUUUUUUGAAAUUUCUUCAAAACGUAAAAAAUAUCGACACAAAGAGAUCCGGGAGGCCGCUGAAUAAUCUCUCAGAUGGGUUAUACGCUUCAAAAACUUGUGAAAGGUUUAUUACAUAAACUAGAAAAAAAAAGUUGAAACGACCAAAUAGGAAGUUUGUUAAUUACCUUUCUGUAGAAUCUUUUCUCAAUGCUAGCUGUUUGAGAAACUCUUCAGAGGGCUUCUCUACUGCGUUCGGUUAUCACAAAAAAAAAUGGAUAAAUUGUUCAGGGGAGAAUGGUUGCUGCCGAUUGGGCCUUAGAUAAAGAUACCUACGAGACAAGUGCACAUGAAGAGAAGCAGAAAAUGAAAGAUUUGGUCAAGAAGGAAAAAGAAGAGGCUGACGUCAAGGCGGCGAAGAAAAACACGAAAAAACCCAAAGUGACUAAAACUCUGGCUGAAGACGACGAAAACAGUGAAAUUGAUGGGUUCGCUUGAUUGAUUCAUUCUUUGAUUUAUAGAUAUAUAUAUCCGCACGUUACAAAUUUUGAACGAGUUUUCAUGGUUUUAAUUAUAUUUGAUGAAGUUUUAAAGCUUAUAAUAUUAGAGGGCUGCGAUUUGAAGGAGGCGAAAAUCACAAAUUCAUGUCGUGUUCAAAGUAAUAUCCGCGAAAUGCAAAAUUAUCUGUAACCAUCCAAAAUUUAGUUAUCUUUUUCUUUCUCUGACGACCAUUUUGAAUUUUGCGCAAUUACUUUAAACACGUCAAAACGUUCGGAGAGAAAAAUUUUUUGGGUUUUUUCUCUCGUCUGAAAUUAAUUUUUAGGUUUUAAUUUUUGUUGAGAAACGCUUGAAAUUUCCACUACACUCUAUUUCUGUUGCUCACUUCUCAUCCUUUUUAAAUCGCAGUUUUUUUCUAUAAAUAGGUUUUUUUGCAUUUUUCAAAAAAAUCUUUCGAAAUUUUUCUCAUGGCUAAAAACAUAGUGAAAAACGUUUUUUUCGCCUCGUUCAGUAUCUCAAAAGUCUGCGCUGAUUGAGAAACCUAAGCAAUGUUUUUUCCAAUUACAAUUUUUCAAAAUAUAUAAAACUUUUUUUGCAGUAUUAUUCUAAUCUGAAAUUUUCUUCAGGGGCGGAGAAGAAGAAGAAGGCGAUGAAGACCUGUCAGAAGAAGAAGAGGAGAAGCCAGUGAAAGGCAAAAAAGGAAGACAAGAGAAAAAAAUUCAGAACAAAAAAACGGAUAAAGCCGUAGAAGAAGGUCGCGUCCUUUUUUUAAGGUAGGGGUAAAAAUGAAAAAAUUCAGUUUGCAUAUAUCCUUUCUAGCCUUUUUUAGUAAAAUAACUUGAUUUUGAGGAACUUGUCUUUCGAAACCACCGAGGAGCGCGUUAAGGAAGAGAUGGAAAGAUUUGGGAAGGUCGAACUCACUGUUAUCUGUAAAUUCAAAGAAAGUGGCCACUCGAAAGGUCUUUCAUCCAAACCAAGUUUUUCCGUAAGGUUCAUUUCCAGGAACGGCUUUUGUCUACUUUUCAACAGCCGACGAAGCUGCGGCGUGUGUUUCUUCCGCUGAAAAUGGCCUCAUUAUCGGUUUGAACUCCAUUUCCUCCUUUUUUUUUGGACUUUGAGUGGUUCAGACGAUCGUCUCAUCGGGGUGAACCCAGCGAUUCCAAGAGACCAAGCCGCUGAGCUGGAAAAGGAAAAAUUGACUAAGGCUUGUUUUUUUUAAAUUUAUUCAGAAACUUUGUUCUCUUUCAGGUGCCGAAAGACAACAGGAACUUGCGUUUGUUGCGUUUCGGCCUUAUUCGAGAUGGAACGGCUUCAGCCAAGGGAAUGAGCAAGGAGGACGCUGCAAAAAGAGAGCGGCUCGCCGAAGCCGCGAGGAAAAAACUUGAGAACUCCAACAUGUACGUCUUCUUUAAAAGGAUGAAUGUGGCAGAAAAUGUACCUAUUCCGGAAUUUCGCGAGCUUUUUCUUCAAUCAUUGAUUCUUUUCUUUUUUUCGAUAAUGCGUUGUGAAUAACAUAAUGAAUAGUCGUUCAUACUAUCGAUAGAACAUUUCUUUUUUUGUAAAGAUAAUAUUUUUCUUAGAGCUGAAAACAAUUUCUGGAAAUUUUUGAAAAGGCAGUUUUCAUGCAUCUGAGUUUCCCAUCGGGUUAAUUCGCUCGUUUUUUUUUUUGAUAGAUUAUUCAAGUCAAUCGAUUAGUUCAACUUUUUUUAGAGCAUUUAAGAGGCGAUAGUGAUCGGAAGUAAUAGUGCUUUCCGAAUAUAUUAUGUUCGUUUAAGUUAGAAACUCUUAAAAUACCUGACGUCGUAGCUAAAAAAUUUCACCUUUCUUGUUAUGAUCUGCACCUAUCGGUAUUUUGCAAAAAUUAUCACUUUUUUUGAUCUACAUGACUUUACUUUCUAUGAAAAAGUUUUAUGAAAUGAAAAAAAAAACAAUGAAAUUCGUGCAGGUUCGUGUCUCCGACGCGGCUGUGCAUCCACAACAUGCCACAGAGGAUCGACAACGCCGAAUUGUUGAAGCUCGUCAAAGCGGCGGCGUCAUCCGACGGCCACGUCACCGAAUGUCGUGUCUGGCUCGACAAAAAUCGCCUCACCCCGGCUGUCAGUUUAUUUCUACCGUUUGAUUUUUUUUAUCCUUUUUUAUUUAUACUUUUUUUUCUCACCAACAAGGCUCAAUAUUUAGCUUAAACAAAGUUGUAUUGAAGGGAAAGCCCAAGUCAACUGGAUUCGGGUUUAUCGCCUUCGCCGAACACAAACACGCGAUGGAAUGCCUCCAGGCGCUGAACAACAACGCCGAAACGUUCAGCAACGAACGACGGCCGAUUGUCGAGUUCUCGAUCGAAAAUCUGUGCGCACUUCAGGCCAAGGUCAGCUCAGAACGAAAAUUAAUACCUAUUUCCGAAAUUUUCUCGGGUUGUUUUAAGUUUUUCUGUCUGACUGUUGACCGCGAAUUUUUUUUUUCUGAGUCAACGUUUUUGUGGUUUUUUCUCGCACUUCAUUGAGUUGCUUAUCAAGCCUUUUUUGAAAUAUAUCGGCGGUUUAGUUAAUUACUUUGUUUAAAAAAAACUGAUAAUAAUUUCGAUCGACGAAUAUUUAUCUUCAAGGCACGUCGUGCAACAAAAUCCAAAGGCGAAUCGCUCACCGAUCGGCAACUGAACGAUAAAAUCAAGCAACAGGUAGUUUUCCCAUCAACGGAGAAGUCAACAGUGCACAACCUUGACAGGUCAAAAAGUCGAUUGGCGAAGUUCAUGCGGCCGGAAUGAAGUUCCUCCCUAAAUUCCUGGGCAAAAAGAAUCGACAUCGCGACAUGACAGGGAAAGCCAAAAAACGGGUGCAGGCACGAGCAAAAGCCGUGAGUUUUCUGCGUCUUUUUCCAUGUAAUAAAGUAGAAAAGGUUCUUUAUAGUUCUUUUAGAAGGCUUUUUUCGAGCUCAAAAUUAAGUUCGCAUUAAAAUUUUUGAGAUUGUAAAUUUAAGCCGUGUUUAAAGCUAAUUUGACGGGCGCAGCCAAUUUUUUUUUUGUGUUGUGAAGGAUAGAGCCGAAACACUGCGGAUUCCUACUCCGUUGGAUAGCACUGCUUUUUUGGCGAUUCUUCAGCGUUUGUCCCGAUCGGUAACGGGGUCCACUCUUCUGAAUUUAUCACGCCACUUUGCUUUGUCAGCCCCCUGGUCCGGAUGAAGGCCUGCAAUUUUGAGGUCAUUGUGAAGAACAUCCGUCCACCGCUUCUUUGGUUUCCCUGUUGGUCGUUUUCCGUCCACAGGCAUUUGUUGACUCAGUUUCGCUCUCGAUGUGUUUUCGGCACGUAAGGUAUGCCCGUACAGCGGAGCCUGCUCUCACUUUCGGCUAUGGGGACUGCUCUGGUCGAUCUCCAUUUGAACCACCACCAUUAUUGCGUGAGGUGACCUAUUUCGUGAUGGUUCCAUCUUCUGCGGUGUUAGAUCCGAGGUACUUGAAACAGCUAGUUCAAUGGAGGUCGUCGCCUGCGGUUCUUAUUGUGCCGGGUUCCACUUGAUCUGUUAUGUGGUACUCUGUUUUAGCCAGGUUGCUUCUCAUUCCGAACUUUGUGGGUUCAUCGUGCUAUGUGCCCAGUGGUGUUCGUAAGUCUGCUUUAGAUUUUGAUGCGAGUAGAACGCGCGUAAAGAAUUUUCCUUGGUGGCGUGAUCUGGAACUUUCUUGUUAGGUUGUUCAUCACCGUUAUGAAUACAUGUGUGGAGAGUGCCGAUCCUCGAUGUCUCCCUACAGUUUAUUCAAACUUCUUCGAGGUUCCUGUGGCUGCCUGAACUUUACUCUUUGCGUUGUUGUAUAGGACUUUGCUUUUUUGGCAACUGUCCGAUAUAAUUCUCCUUUCGAAUUUAUUUUUUUCUGUCAGAUGAGCGUGACCGACCAAUAAUGCUGUGGGAAUCUACCGUGUCCUGCGAUUCGGCGUGUGCUUUCGAACAAGAAAAAAUUGUUUGCCUCACGGAUCCAAUUAGCUUUGAUCGCGAAUAUAAGAACUUUUUAAUUUUUUCUUCUAACGCUGAACAAAAAAUCUUAAGGAAUUGUUUAUUAGGAUCGUAAUACUUUUCAGACGUGAAAAUUCCAAACGAGCAAAUAUCGAUCUUUGCUGUCCUGAAAAAGGAGAGAUUGUAAACAAACCAAAGUGUAGCUUUUAGCUGCCUUUUCACCUUUUGUCAUCAAAAUUUUCAUUUUCGAAUUUAAUAGGACGUUUAUCUCAGUUCAGUUUCCGUAUAAAUUAUGUGUGAUCAUGAAAAUUGACGUGUCUCUUUCAGAAGGCGCUCAAAUUCAACAAAGAGGCGUCCAAGCAAAUGGACGGAUCGAAGAAGAAAAAGACGAAAAAAGAUGUUGCGAAAUAUCUUUCUUUGUCAACCUAA